GGGCCCUCAGGCGGAGCGGCGGGCGCCGGACCCCCAGGUGGAGCGACAGGUCUCGGGCCCUCAGGCGGAGCGGCGGGCGCCGUACCCCCAGGUGGAGCGACAGGUCUCGGGCCCUCAGGCGGAGCGACAGGUCUCGGGCCCUCAGGCGGAGUGACAGGUCUCGGGCCCCCAGGCGGGGCGGCGGGCGCCGGACCCCCAGGCGGAGCAGCGGGCACCGAGUCACCAGGCACGACAGUGGGCUCCGAGUCAACUAGCAUGACCGCUGGCACUAGGUCAGACAUUGGAUCGUCUGGCUGGACAGCGGGCAUCGGGUCACCAGGCAUCAGGUCAUUUGGCUCGACAGCGGGCACCGCGUCAUCUGGCAAGGCAGUGGGCUCCGAGUCAACUGGUAUGACCGCGGGCACUGGGUCAGACAUUGGAUCGUCUGACCGGACAGCGGGCAUCGGGUCACCAGGCAUCAGGUCAUUUGGCUCGACCGCGGGCACCGCGUCAUCUGGCAAGGCAGUGGGCUCCGAGUCA